AUAAAAUGGCUUCCGCCUCUUCGUUGUCGUCAACUUGCGUGCCUUCACUGAUGAAAGAUGAAAAGUGGAGAAACUGGGCGGAUCUUCCGCCGAAGGUGACGUCUUCGAUUCUGCUUCGUCUUGGAGCGAUUGAGAUACUUCAAAACGCUCAAAAAGUGUGCAAACCGUGGCAUCGCGUCUGUAAAGACCCUUCGAUGUGGCGUAAGAUUGACAUAGACAACCGCGAUGACAGGGCAUGUUUCAAGUACAAACUCGAUUCCAUGUGCCGUCACGCAGUUGAUCGCAGCCAAGGAGGGUUGGUUGAGAUCGAGAUUUGGUACUACGGUACUAAUGAUCUCAUCAAGUACAUCACUGAUAGGUCAAGUAACCUAAAAAGCCUUGGACUCGUAAGGUGCAUGCGGUUAACAGAUGAGGGAGUUGCUACAGCAGUUUCGAAAGUUCCAUUGCUUGAAGAGCUUGAGGUUUCAUACUGCUUAUUUACAGGAGAGUCUCUGAGAGCUAUAGGCCAGUCUUGUCCGAAUCUGAAGACGUUGAAGUUAAACCGCAACCCUGAAAUCAUGUUUUCAAAUUGUGGGUUAGAUGACAAUGCCAAAGCAAUCGCAGGAAGCAUGCCUGAACUACGCCACCUCCAGAUUCUAGGGAACGGACUAACCAACAAAGGCUUGAAGGCCAUUCUUGAUGGUUGUCCUCACCUGGAACACCUCGAUAUACGCGAGUGUUACAACAUCAACUUUGUUGGUGAUCUCUUGAAGCGAUGUUCUGAGAGGAUCAAAGAUUUGAGACUCCCCGGUGACUCAACGGAUAAUGAUUCAGAUGGUGGUGAGUACUUCUAUUAAGGCGGCGAUCCCAUGAGGCCUACUAUGAUUUCUCACAUCCUCUCUUGAACAAUGCGGAGUAAGAUUUGCUUUGUUGUUGUUGUGACUGAUGAACAAUUUCAGUUUCCUUUGUUUAAACUCUCUAUUUUGGUAGUUCCACUGUCUUUAUUUCCUUU